CCAUUCUGUUGGCAGGUUGUUGCUUGUUGUCAACAAAUUUUUAAAUUGUCUAUCAUACUGAACUAUUUUGAUUUUAGAUUGCAGUAUUCGACAGUUGUAAUAAAAAGCUAGUAUGAGUGUUUUUAGGAUAUCAUUCUAACUCUAAUCAGCUAAAAUCAUGGCGGAAAAACUCAAAAGACGACGCUCCAAAGAAAGACUUAUUGAUGCUGAUCAUGAUGUUGAUGGAGUCUCCAACCCAACAUUGGAUGAAGAAUUGGAAAAACAUUAUGAAAAGUUUUCACAGUCACAAACAGAGGGAGAAACAUCAACAGCAGAGAUGGAAGAAAAUGCAAAAGCUGAAAUGUUAAAAGGAGAACUGAAAACUCGCCACAGAAGAAGAAAGCGAGAACUGUCAAAACUGGUGACUCCUAAAGAUGAUUUGACUGGUCAAAUGAAGACUGUGAAGCUCCAGAGUCUAAAAAAAUUAGAAGAUACUGAACGUGAAACUGAAUUAUCAGAUGCACUAGCAGGAACCAGUGCACUUUCUACUGAAACGUCUCCCUUGCAAGAUGAAACUACAGAGAUAAUGCCAUUAGAGGACAUACCCACGUUGGCAACUGAUGCUGUCUCUACAUCCCCAACUCCUUUACUGCCACAAGAGGAAGUUGUUUCUACUUUGGAGAGAGAAACCAGCAUAAAAGUGGAAGAGGAAGAGAGGCCAGCAACAGAUAGAAAAAGAACAACUAUCCGGGAGAAAAUGAAACUGCGAUUAGCUAAGGCAAAGGAGGAGGAAGAAGCAGAAAUAGAAAAACUAGAACGAGAUGAAAGGAAGAAGACUUUGAAAAAAGAAACAAGAUUUGAGGAGAGUGAACUAACUGAGCUGAAUGAAACAGAGUUGGCAAAGCUAGAGGAAAGGACAGAAAGAAUGAGACAGUUAAGACUACAGCGGACCAAACAGCAAGAAUCUUUGUCCUUCAUGCCAACAGCAGAACAGGCUUUUGAUUUCUUUACUCGAGCCUGGGAGCCGGAGGCUGAGGAAACAGAAGGAGAGAAGAAAGACAAGCCAGAGCCUAAGCCAGAACAACCAGAGGGAGAAGAACCAGAAACUGAAGAGGAAAGGGCAGCAAAAGAAGAAGGAAAAGAUGAAGAAAGCAAGCUGUUGGUGGAUGAGGACUAUACAGAAGAGGGUUAUGGGCCUGUUGCCAUCAGAAAAGCUCAGUUGGUCGAUGUAGCUAAGGUGCAAAAAGCUGAAUCUGAAAUGUUAUUCUUCCCAUCUACUGCCCCUGUUCCUGCUACAGAAAAAGUUGGGGGUGAAGUUGAACCCAGAUUUUUGGAAGACGAGGGUUUUUAUGUUGGUGUGAAACCAUACGUGUCAGACAGAAACAAGAGCAAAAUGGAAAACAGGCUCUUGAAAGAAGCAGAAAAACAAAAUCAAGUGAACAAAUGGUUUGGUGAAGAUGGCCAGCUUGUGAUUCUACCUGAUCCUCUUAGAGAUGCACCAACUAGACCACAGCUCCAGGAUGAAGAGAUUCCUUACAUAGAGACAUAUUUUUUUAAUCCAAUUAUGAGGGAAUUUGACAGCAGGUAUAUAGAUGGAGCAAUAGAUGGAGGUGGGUUUUAUCAGCUAGAUGUUGACAUCAACUCUAUUUCUUUCACCCAUCAUCACUUGUUUAGUCGAGAACAUGUUCUGGCCAACAAGUUGACCUUGUUUUAUGAGGAAUAUCUCGUACGCAGCAAGCGUAAUAUCACAGAUUUUUUGGUUGAUAAGCUUGCAGCCUUGAAAAAUUCAGCCCACUUGUUACACACCUACAUCGCCUCACACAAGGGGGAAAUGUCAGUAUCAGAUCGGGACAACUAUGAACGGAGGUUAAGAGAUUACAAAAGUGAAAUCAGACAAACACGUUUCAUGAGAGACAAGGAAGAGCAGACAGACAGAACUUUGUUAAAGAAUAUUAUUCACACAUGGAAGGAGGUGAAAGCUUUGAGGGAAACCCAGAAGUUUACCAAUACGCCAGUUAAGCUUCAAAUAAGAAAAGAAGAAACUAACAAAGCAGAGGACACAGAGAGGUGGAGGUUUGAGAUGGAGGAAGAGUUUAACGAAGAAAGAGAGAAAUAUGAGGAGGAUUUCAUGAGGAAGGAGGCAAUAUACAGAGAUCAAAUGGAAAAAUAUGAAAAGCAGCUACAGGCUGUGGAAGAAGCAAAAAAACGCAUUGCAGAGAGGAAUAAACAAAGGAGGGGCUCUAAGGCAUCAAAGGUGUCUAAAGUGUCGAGAGACUCACCUCGUAAUGAACAGCCAGAUGAGGAUGAAGAAGGGAUAGAGGAAGAGAACGCCAGAGACCAGGAGAUAAUUGAUGAAGAGCCUUUAGCUAAACCAGAACCACCAGAAGCCUUCGAUGAAACUGCUGUAAGGGAACAGAUCAAAGCCAAGGCUAUGGCACAGAAAAGAAGGCCUGGUGAACCCAAGCUGUUUCCAGAACUUUCUAACUCAGCCACAGUCACUCCUCCAGACCAGUGCACCAGAGGGGAACAGUUGAGGAGAGAAGAAGUCUCCAAAAGUAAACUCUAUGUCAGGAUACUUUUUAAUGGGAAAGAAGUAUCUCGCACAGGUCCCAGGCCUCUUUCUCAAGAAUUUAAAGUAAACUUCGGCCAAAUUUACAACUUAAAAAUUGUGGAGUGGCCAGAGAGUAUCAAAUACGAGAUUUAUGAGACAGCAGGUUUUGGUAGUGGGAGAAUGUUGGCCGAGUUGUUUGCCCCUAUCCCAGAGUCCUCUGUUACCUCUGUGAGUGUUGGCUUAGAGAAUGUUGAAUUCAGCUCUUACGAGAAAAUACAAUACCAGCACGAGGGAGUGGGGAGUGGUGUAGCUUUCAAGUUUGAAGGUCAUGUCCCUGACCUGGUGACCCUGAUGACCUCAGGUGUGCUCAACUCCAGCGUGGCGUGGGCAGUUGGAGAGGAUGGGCUCCCACUGGUUCCUAUGGAGAAAUUUGGUGCUAAUUAUUACGCUGCGAUGCAAAUGAAAAGGCUGGAUCCUUUUGCUGCUAUAGGUGCCAGUGGUGUGGCUAAUCUGGAGAAACUUUUACACUGGUUUAAGGACUCAAGGCUGGACCCUAAUGACCCCAACAACAAGGACAUUGUCUACAUGUUGAGUGGCAGUGACCAGACCCUCCUCCAGCCCAGGGAAUACUUCAGGCUUGAACCCCUCCAGCAGGAGUUUAAUUUGGCCACAUGGGAAGAGCUGGAAAACAACGUUCGCUUCAAGAUGAUUGAACUCAGGGACACAGAAAAUCCAAUGUUUAAAGGGUACCAGAUGAUCCCUGUUAAUGAAAAAGAGGUCCCUCGAGAUAUACUGAAGGAGUAUGAGAAGAAACUUAGAGAAGAGUCACAGCUAGCCCCAGUUAAGGGAGACCUUGAACAGCACAGGGCUCAAGUGAACUUGUACCUACAAAAGAUCAAGAACAGAGUUUUGGCUCAAUACAGAUUUGCUUCUCACCAGCGGUCAUUGCAAGACAUGGUGUAUGAGGAUAACCCGCCUAAUUAUGCCUUGAUAUUUAAAUCCCUAAUGAGACUGUCAGAACCGCGCCGUCCAUUAAAACCAGUACGUAAAGAGAGAAAGAAGGUAACCGCUCAAGCUCUGCAUGGCCAGGAGGUUAAAAUUCUCAUCAAUAUCAUCAGAGCAACUUAUGUUCCUGUUCGCAAGACUAGCGCCAGCCCAGCACCUGGUAGUACAACAGCUAGAGACACGCAGGGGAAGCCAUUUGUUGAUCCCUAUGGGGAAUUAGUGUGCCCAUUUGUUGAGGUCAUGUUUCAGAGGUCUAGAGUUAGAACGAGGCGUGGUGAUGGACCAAACCCAAGUUUUAAUGAAAAACUUGAACUAAUUCUGAAAGUUCCAAAUGAUGAUUAUUCCCCCUCAGCCUUACAAAAUAUAGAUGACAUCAUCUUUUUGAAUGUUUUUGAUGAAGUGACUGUUGAUGUUCUAGAGGACAAUAGACAGCGAGAGACCAACGUACACCAGAGAAUAGAGAAAAAGUGGCUUGGAAGCAUUAAAAUUCCUUUCUCAACAGUCUACUUCAAUAACAAGAUUGAUGGUACCUUCCGUUUAAACACGCCCCCUAUUCUACUGGGCUACACGUACGAUCAGUCCCAGCUUCAGCACGGGCUGGUCGACAUGGACCCCAGUGCUGCCAGGACCAACACCUACCUCACAAUGUUUGUCACCCUUGAGCCCUCGCUCACACUGCCAGAUCCAUUCAAAGAAAAGUUGUCCACAAAUGAAGAGGAGGAACUGAUCCAGCAUGCUGAUGUUUGGCAAGAGAAGCUGGAAAAAAAAUUCCCAGGGCGAAUUUUCAAGACAACUGUAAUGGAUACAACUGGCAGGAAUGUUUUUGUGACCAGAUUUUUUCGGCCAAUUAAACCUCCACCAGAAGUAGAGAGCUGCACAGAUCCAGGAAGGGCCAUGGAGCUUGCUGCCAGAUAUGUCUCUCUCAUUCCAUUUGUUGCUGACACAGCACUUUUUCCUGGCCAAUGUGAUAUAUGGAGUACCUGUAAUCAAUUUAUGAAGAUGCUGUGUGGGGAUGAAGAAGAGCAUGCAGUGCUGUUGACCAACUUUUUCCUGGGACUUGGAAAGAAAGCUUGGCUUUUGUUAGGCAAUGCAAUCCCUGAAGGUAGAACCGCCUAUGUGCUAACAGAUGAUAAUGGUGUCAUCUCUAUAUGGAAUGCCAGAUCAGGAGAAAAGUAUGGUAUCCAUGACAACUACUGCCCUAUACAGAGUGUGGGGUGUGUUAUCAAUGCAGAGAAUAUCUAUGCCAAUGUACAGCAGUAUGAAAAACCUUCCCAGAUGAAUUUCAACUUGAACAACUCAAGCCACUGGCAGUCAUUUUAUAAUAAAUCUUUCCCCAGCAGAGGUUUAGCAUCAGUUCAGCCAAAUGUACUCACAUAUCGACGCAAAGAUAAAAAGUUUGAAGGUCUUGUUAUGGAGUUGCAAGAGAAAAUUGAGCAGCUGCUCAAAAAUAAGAUCAUGGAAUGGAGAAGUCGGUACAUAACUCGCUGGAACAGACACUGCACACAGAUUAUGAGGAAGCUUUUACCCAAAUUAGAAGAGAACUGUGGAAAACCAAUAGAAGAAUCUAACCUCAGAGACCUGGAAGAAUCUUUCAAGUCAUACAAGGUUUCAGGCUUUCCUCUCAACAUCCCAUACACAGACAUGGACAGUAUCACAGAAACUGUUUUCUCUACGGGUGUUCAUGCUCAGGAGACAAGUGAAGUAGAGUUUGCCCUGGCCGUCUAUGUCCAUGGCUAUACCAACAAUGUCAUGUCAAUAUGGAUCUAUGUAGCUUCUCUCUUAAGGAUGAGGUAGAUCUAGAUCCACAAGACGUUUGUCAAUGUUUUCAAGUAGCUUCAUGCAGAAGCUUUUAUUCCUCACAGAGUAUAAUUUACUCAUAUUCUUUGGAUUUUACCAAGAGAUCAAAAUCUCCGUCCUUCCAAUAACUUCUUUUGAAGUACAAGGUUCCUCAAGUGCAUUUGUAUAUUUUCAUGUAUUUAUGCAUAGAUAUUUGUAAAGAUAAAUAUUUAAGUACUAAUCUUAAGUACUUUAUACUUGUACACAAAUUAUAAUACAAAUUAUUUUACUGCUCUUAAAAUUGUAUAUAGAAAAUGUCCCUUUGUAACUUAGUCCCACAAUCUCAAACUUCUGUGAUAUUUUUUUUCAACUUAUCUGAACAUAAGUUUAGAUAUUAUUGCAGUACAGGAAAAUAACAGACUUAAUUUCUAGCGAAUAAAUUUUAAAAAUGUGUAAUUGUUUUGUUUAUCGUUAUAUAAUUGUUUUAUUUAUCAACUCAACACAUAGCUAAUGGGAGCGUAGUGAUUGUAGGAUAUACAAUUCCUUCAUGUAGUGAGGUUAUCUUCCCUUUGAUUUCUAAGUCAAAAUGGGUAUUACUCCCUGUCAUGAUGCGAGUUACUCGGACAGGGUCGAUGUUGGAAGUUGACGAACAACGUACAACGAUCCAAUACACUUACAUAUCAAACAGGACGGCGUUCUUUAUUUUUCAUCUUUAUUUACAUAUACUAUACACGACUACAUCGAUGACAGACAGGACAAAGACUUCUACACCCUAA